UCUGUCAGCGCUGGAGCGUGCAUCCGUGUGUCUCUGUUUGCAGUGAAAAACUUUUUUUUUUUCCUAAACACUCUGAGGUUCUUUUUCAAAGAGUGAGACAGGAGACCAGACCCCGAUGGCGCUGCGAUUUGACUAAACAAACAGUUGGGCUCGGACUGGUUCCUCCUCCAGAGGACUCCCGGGACUGAGAGAUUAACCUCAAACGCAGGACAUCUGAGGGAUCUGGAGCCCCACUAGAGAAGAGGAGCUGCACACUCUCCUCUGUUUCCAGAAGAGCUUGAAGCGCCAGAGGAAAGAGUUGUUUGUGCUCUCAGGAACGUUCACCCGAUACCCAAAUUGAGGACUCUCACAAUGAGGACACUGACCGUCUUCACGGUUACAGUAGCAGCUCUUUUGAAUCUCUGCACCGAGUCCUGUUGCCUGGAGAUCACACCUGGCGAGGCUCAGAUCCGUCUGGAUCGGGGUUCUUCCCUCAACCUCACCUGCUCGGGCUCCGCCGGCACCACGUGGCAGUUUAAGAGAGAUGAUGUGCCUUACUUUCAAGUGGAUGAAAACCCUGGUGAAAGCUACACGAUCGUGCAAAGCAGUGACAGAAGUAGCAGUCUGCUGCUGAAGAGCGUGAGCUGGAAGCACACUGGGGUGUACCAGUGCACCUCGGCUGGGGAGACGAAGGAGGUCGCACUGUUCGUGCCAGACCCGGACGUGUGGUUCAUCGAGAGAAGUCACGGCAUGGUGACAAGGACCAGUGCGGAGGGCACGAUUCCCUGCGUGGUCACGGACCCCGACAUCAACGUCGCCCUGUAUGAGGACGGCAUGGAUCUCCCGACCAGGGGGGAGUACACCCCCAGUGAGGGGUACAAGGCAGUGCUGGAGGACAUGACCUACGUGUGCCGUGGGGAGUUGAACGGGGAGAUGAAAGAUUCUCAAGCCUUCAACGUCAUCAGCAUUAUGGUCCCGGGCGACAUCAAUCCAUACAUCAAUGCAUCCAAGACGGUCAUGAAACAGGGAGAGUCGCUGGCAGUCAACUGCACAGUUCACGGUGUCGAGCUGCUCACUUUUUCUUGGGACGUUCCCAACAGCGAGACUGUCUACGUGGACCCGGUAACAGACAUCCUUCCUGCCAUAAGUAUGCGCUCCAGUCUCAUCUUCCCCAGCGUGAGUCCGGACCACAGCGGGACCUACGUGUGCCAUGUUAAGGACGACGUGCAGGGCCAGACGGCCUCUGCCAAGGUCAACAUCACUGUGCUCGAAGAAGGAUUUGUAGCUCUGACAACAGCUCAACAGCUCAAUAUCUCCGCUGGUCUGCAAGAGAACGUGGAGCUCAGGGUGCAGAUCGAGGCCUACCCUCCUCCUCAGGUUCGCUGGAGCAAAGAUGGCACUGCCAUCAAAGGAGACAAGAUCAUUACGACCAGACAAGAGCAUGAGAUCAGAUAUGUCAGUAUUCUGACCUUGGUGCGAGUGAGGACGGAGCAGAAAGGCCUCUACACCAUCAGAGUCUCCAAUGGGGAUGAAACUAAAGAGAUAACAUUCGACCUGGAGGUCAGAGUUCCCCCGCACAUCACAGACCUGACUGACCAUCACUUACCUGGAAAGAAGCACCUGGUGACCUGCGUGGCUGAAGGGGUCCCUAGUCCAGAGAUCCAGUGGUUCAGUUGUGACAGCAUGCACAACAGAUGUAGCAACCAGUCGGACGCAUGGCAACCACUGCAACCAGAAGCAGAGGUGCUGAGCAUCGAGACCACAGUCAAUUUGAGUGAAACACGCAAAACCAGCCAAGUGAGGAGCCGCCUGACCUUCCAUAAGCCCCAGCAGGUCACAGUCCGCUGUCAGAGCAGGAACCAGGACGGCCUGCUGGACCAGCGAGACGUCAAGCUCGUGUCCAGCACUCUCUUCUCCCAGGUGGCAGUGUUGGCUGCAGUUUUAGCUUUGGUGGUCAUCAUCAUCAUGUGCAUCAUCAUCCUCAUAGCUGUGUGGAGGAAGAAGCCACGAUAUGAGAUCAGGUGGAAGGUGAUCGAGUCCGUGAGUCAGGACGGUCAUGAGUACAUCUACGUGGACCCCAUCCACCUGCCCUAUGACCUGGCCUGGGAAAUGUCCAGGGACAACUUGGUGCUGGGUCGCACCCUUGGAUCAGGAGCCUUUGGGCGGGUGGUGGAGGCCACAGCCUACGGCCUCACUCACUCACAGUCCAGCACUAAAGUCGCUGUGAAGAUGCUGAAAUCCACGGCCAGAAGAAGUGAAACUCAGGCCCUGAUGUCGGAGCUGAAGAUCAUGAGUCACCUCGGCCCUCACCUCAACAUUGUCAACCUGCUGGGAGCUUGCACCAAACACGGACCUCUGUACCUGGUGACCGAGUACUGUCGCUAUGGCGACCUGGUGGAUUACCUGCACAGGAACAAGCACACCUUCCUGCAGUAUUACGCCGAAAAGAACCAAGACAGCAGCGACCUGAUCUCCAGAGGAAGCACUCCGCUCAGCCAGAGAAAAGGCUACGUGUCUUUUGGAAGCGAGAGCGACGGCGGAUACAUGGACAUGAGUAAGGACGAGCCCUCAGUCUACGUCCCCAUGCAGGAGCACGCGGACACCAUCAAGUACGCCGACAUUCAACCUUCCCCGUACGAGUCCACCUACCAGCAGGAUCUCUACCAAGAACAAGUCGGCAGCUCAGAACUGGCCAUCAGUGACUCUUCUAUUCUCACCUACGAAGACCUUCUGGGUUUCAGCUACCAGGUGGCCAAAGGCAUGGAGUUCCUCGCUUCCAAAAAUUGUGUUCAUCGUGAUCUGGCUGCCAGGAAUGUGUUGAUCUGUGAAGGCAAGCUGGUGAAGAUCUGCGAUUUCGGUCUGGCCAGGGACAUCAUGCACGACUCCAACUACAUCUCUAAAGGCAGCACUUUCCUCCCGCUCAAGUGGAUGGCCCCGGAGAGCAUCUUUCAUAAUUUGUACACAACCCUGAGUGAUGUCUGGUCCUACGGCAUCCUACUUUGGGAGAUAUUUACUCUGGGAGGAACCCCCUACCCUGACCUUCCCAUGAACGAGCUGUUCUACAACGCUCUGAAGACGGGCUACCGGAUGUCCAAACCCGCCUUCGCUUCCGAUGAAGUUUACGAGAUCAUGAAGAAGUGCUGGGACGAGAAGUUUGAGAAGAGACCCGAGUUCUGCUUCCUCGUCGACAGCGUUGGCAACCUGCUGACCGACGGAUACAAAAAGAGAUACAACCAGGUCAACGACAACUUCUUCCAGAGUGACCACCUUGCCGUCGCUCGGACUAAACCCCGACUCUCGCCGCCGUUUUCCGCCGCCAACCCCGCUCUGAGCUCCUCGGGCGGCCAGCCCUUCAGUCCACACACUGCGGGCCCACGACAGGGAGGCUUCCAUCCAGAGGCUGGCACACAGGAGGGCCUCACCCCUUACAACGAUUACAUCAUCCCCAUCCCCGACCCCAAACCAGAGGAGGCUCAGUCGGAGAGCCCGGAGAGCUCCAUGGAGGAAGAGACCGACUCCACGUCGCAGGACACGGCGGAGACUCUUCCAGAAGAGGAGCGGCUGGAGGAGACCAGCGAGAGAGACGCUCUGCUCGGCUCCACCGGCACGCCGGACGUAGAGGACAGCUUCCUGUAGAUCCUUCUGGUGACCACAGAAAGGGAACAGAAGUUAAUGUAGCAACCUUCCCUGGUGUCGCUCAUCUAACCUCCACUAGAAGAUGGGAUAUAAACCUGGUACAGAGCUGAUGAUGAUGAUGAUACCUGGACCCUCGUAUCCAGUUGUCAAAAUAAUGUGACUGAAGCCUUUUUUUUUUAAACUUCACCUGCACUGUUUAUAAAUAUAUAUAUAUUUUUAUGAAUUAGCAGCAGUGUCAGCUCUCCCGUCCUUUUUUUUUAAACACUAGAAAAUUUUGUGUUUUAGUUAUACUGUAUAUAUAAGAUUUGCACUUUAAAUAAAUGUUGAUUCUAGACCAUGACGACUGUUACAGUGACCCUUAGAAUGAAAAACAUAAAUAACAGCUUCUCACUGCCAUAGAUGAACAGAGCCUUUGUGUUGACGGUUCUGUUUCUGAAAUACUCACUCAAUUGAAUGGUUGUGCCUUUAACCUACUCUUGCAUCCAACGCUACACAAAUCAAUACACUUUUUAUAUUUUGUAGCACCGAUCACUGUAUGUCAAGCUAUGGUACCAAAGUUUGUCUGUACAACGUAUUUUUAUGACAAAUGUCUCAAUAAACAUGGAUUAUAAA